AUGCCGCGGAUCGACGAUCCUCCACGGCGGGGGAAAGGUAUCUGCGCGAUGCGAGGAAGUUGCGGAAGAACCAGUAUAUUUGGCGCCGAUUUACCUUGUCCUGACGAUGACAACGCUACAGAGCCUGAAGAGAAAUUACGCGAUCUGAUGGCAUCAGUCUGUGGUCCAUCGUAUACUGUUCCCGAUUCAGUCUGUUGUACCUACGACCAAGUGGCCACUCUGUCCGAUCGUCUACAGCAAGCAGCUCCCCUUAUCGCCUCAUGUCCAGCAUGUAUCAAUAACUUUCGAUCGUUCUACUGCGACUUCACCUGCUCUCCUGAUCAAUCAACUUUCCUUUCGAUCACUUCAACCCAGAAGACGACAGAAGGUAAAGAUGCAGUCAAGGAAAUAGACUAUGAAGUUAGCACAGAGUUCAAACAAGGGUUUUAUAGCAGCUGUAAAGAUGUUCAGUUUGGAGCUACAAACGGAUUCGCGAUGGACCUGAUAGGUGGAGGAGCGAAGAAUGCAAGCUCAUUCUUGAAGUAUAUGGGAGACGUUAGACCCGGCUUAGGAUCACCGUUCCAGAUAAACUUCCCAGAUAACGACGAUUCCCUGUAUCCUCGAAUACCUCUCAGCUGCUCUGACGCCAACAACAUCAACGCUCGAUGCGCGUGUGCCGAUUGCCCAGCUGUAUGUCCCGAACUACCAUACGUCGCGCCUCCUUCGGCUGGUAAGUGCCAUGUAGGAGCUGUAUCCUGUCUCACAUUUUCCUUACUCAUCGUAUACUCUGUCGCAAUCUUACUUGGAAUCGCUUUCUACUCAUGGAAACAAGCUCUCAGACAUAGACAGAGACGUUAUGAACGACAUGCUUUACUAGACCCACCUCUUUCGCCGACCGCAGCAAGUGGCAACACCAAUGGUUUAGAUGGGAUGAUUGGAAGAGGUGGUGAAGAUGCUGAGUCAGGACCAAGUGGAUCAAUACAUUUCCGAUUGGGAAGAGGAGCAUCAUUACUUGAUCCAAUGGAACAUCUGCAACCUAAACAAAAUAAGAUAAAUGCAACUCUACGUCGGUCUUUCUAUCGUCUCGGUCUAUUCUGCGCCAAACAGCCGGUCAUCGUAUUUGGUAUCACCGCAUUGGUAGUUGCUUUGCUCAACAUCGGAUGGAAGUACUUCGCUGUGGAAACCGAUCCGGUGAGAUUAUGGGUAUCACCAUCCAGUGAAUCAGCUGCUCAGAAACACUUCUUCGACGACAAUUUCGGUCCUUUCUAUCGAUCAGAACAGGUCUUCAUAACCCAAUCAAGUGAUGGUCCAGUCAACUACGAUACUCUCGAUUGGUGGUUGAAGACCGAAGCUGAAAUUGGCCAAUUACAAUCGGAAUCUGGCGUAACAUUGCAAGAUAUCUGUUUCGCACCUGCUGGAAAAGGUACUCCGUGUGUGAUACAGUCCGUUUCAGCCUGGUUGGGAGAAGAUAUGGAAGAGUGGGGAGAAGACUGGCAAUCCAGAAUCAAAGACUGCGCUGCUAGACCAGGAGAAUGUCUUCCUCCUUUCGGUCAACCAAUCGAUCCAAAACUUGUCCUGGGUGGUGCUCAGGGUGAUUGGUUGAACGCAAAGGCUCUGGUGAUCACCUGGGUCGUAAAUAACUAUAACGAUGGUCGAGUCGCACCUGCAGAAGAGUGGGAACGAGUUCUCCGAUCGUACCUUGCAGAAUUAUCAAAACCGGACGUCACUAUUAGUUAUUCGACUGGAGUCAGCCUGGAGGAAGAGCUCAACAAGAGUACCAACACCGACGUCAAGAUUGUUGUUCUGUCCUAUUUGGUCAUGUUCCUAUACGUUUCUUUGACAUUAGGAGGUGGCUUACCUCCUCAGUUGAUCUCAGCAUUCAGUCAUCGUCUAUGGAGAGGUGUCAUCAAACUCGGUGUUUUGUUACGCAUAGUCAAAUCUCCGCCAGAAGACCGAUCACCUGUAUCCCCAAGCUUCUCCCUUAUUCCCACACUUCUAUCGGUCAACUCGAAAUUCUCCCUCGGGCUGUUCGGUAUCGCCAUCGUUCUAAUCGCUGUAUCUUCGUCCGUCGGGCUAUUCUCGCUUUUGGGCGUCAGGGUGACCCUUAUUAUUGCUGAAGUUAUACCUUUCCUCGUAUUGGCGGUGGGAGUGGACAAUGUGUUCAUUCUAGUGCACGAGCUUGAAAGGCAGAACUCACUUCAUGCUGCUCAUGGAGGAAACGAUGAUGCCCAAUCUGUCGAUAGCGAUGGCCGACAACCUAGUACUGGUACUUCUUUAUCUCCUGAAGAGAGAGUUGCCAGAGCAGUCGCAAGAAUGGGACCUUCUAUUCUACUAUCGUCUGUCACUGAAGUCGUAGCUUUUGCCCUUGGUGCACUGGUGCCUAUGCCAGCUGUACGAAACUUCGCCAUCUAUGCCGCUGGAAGUGUGUUCCUGGGGGCUGUCAUGCAAGUAACUGUCUUCGUAAGCGCUAUGGCUUUGGAUCUAAGAAGAGCCGAGGCAAUGCGAAUCGACUGUUUCCCCUGUGUACGACUUCGCCCACCCAUUGGACUGUACGACGAGACUGCACCUACUGGCGAAGGCGUAGUCAACAAGUUUAUGAGGACUAUAUACGCACCGUUCUUGCUCAAGAACGAAGUCAAGCAGCUUGUCCUGGUCGCGUUCGGAGGGUUGUUCCUGUUUGCCACUAUUGGUAUACAGCAUAUCACCCUUGGAUUAGAUCAACGUCUAGCGCUUCCUUCCGACUCAUACCUAGUUCCAUAUUUCAAUGCGCUCGAUGCCUACCUUGACGUCGGACCUCCAGUCUAUUUCGUUGCUCAAGGAGCAGAUGUGCCCACCCGACAUGGCCAACAACAGCUCUGUGGACGUUUCACAACAUGUAUGGAUCUCAGUGUCGCCAAUACCUUAGAAGCAGAAAGGAAACGACCCGAAUCGUCGUUCGUUGCUUCUCCACCUGCAGCUUGGAUUGACGAUUUCUUGCAAUGGACCAAUCCAACAUUCGAGUCUUGCUGUAGAGUACGAAAGAGGGAUCCAACUGUUUUCUGCUCUCCUAGAGAUUCGGAGAGAUUAUGUCGACCAUGUUUCGAAGGUGAAGAAUGGGACGCUACGAUGAAUGGGUUACCCCAAGGUGAAGAUUUCAUGCGAUAUCUUCAACAAUGGUUGAUUUCACCUACGAACGAAGAAUGUCCGUUGGGUGGUCAAGCUCCUUACUCAUCUGCGGUCAAGCUUGCCAAUGAUAAUUCGACUGUACUCGCCUCUCAUUUCAGAACCUACCAUACACCCUUAAAAUCUCAAUCAGACUUUAUAGAUGCUCUCGCAGCUGCUAGAAGAAUAUCCAAUGAUAUAUCCCACAGGACAGGUGUGAAGGUAUUCCCCUAUUCGCUAUUUUACGUGUUCUUCGACCAAUAUUCACAUAUCCAAUCGACAGCUGUUCAAGUAUUAUCUCUAGCCUUAUUCGCCAUAUUAGGAAUUACCAGUCUGCUGUUGGGCUCAUGGAGAACAGGAGCGACGGUAACUUUCGUCUGUACUUUGGCGGUAAUCAAUGUGAUGGGUGUCAUGGGAUAUUGGGGUAUAUCGUUAAAUGCUAUUAGUUUGGUCAAUCUGGUGAUUAGCUUGGGAAUAGCCGUGGAAUUCUGUUCGCAUAUCGCUAGGGCGUUCAUGGGUGCAGGAACGGGUUUACCGAUUGAUAAAGAUGUAGGAAAGAAGGAAAGAGAUGAAAGAGCUUGGACUGCACUAGUGGAUGUAGGACCAUCGGUAUUCUCAGGAAUAACAAUGACCAAACUCAUAGGAAUAUCCGUCCUUGCCCUAACCCGAUCUAAAUUACUCGAAGUGUAUUAUUUCAGAAUGUGGCUUUCGCUGAUUCUGUCUGGUGCAUUACAUGGAUUAGUCCUCUUACCUGUUUUAUUGACUUAUACAGGUGGUCAAGGGUAUAGUCUAGAAGAUACGGAUGAAGAUUGGGUUACGUCUCAGAUGAGGAGACCUAUGGAUUAUGAGUAUGCGCCGUUCGCUGAUACGGAUAGUGUCAUGUCGGAUUAG